AUGGCGUCGGACAUGCCGACUGACCUACCACCAGGUUGGGAAGCUAAGCGAGCUGGCGACCAAUGGGUGUACUUGAACCAUGUCACCAAGACCACGCAGUGGGAGAAGCCGAUCGUGGCCAAACCGAUUCCGCCUCCCGUUGUGACAAACCCCGUGGCCCGAGCCCAAGCCCGAAUCGGCUCCCCGGCCGAACAGCCCAGGGACAGAGUGAUCGCCAGCGGGGCAAGUGAUGCACCUCCCCCCGACCAGAGGGGUAUGUCGGAGGACACGGAAUCGCUUCCUGCAGGGUGGGAGAGGCAGUUCGUAGACGGCAGGGUGUUGUACAUCGACCACGUCAACAAGGCUACCACCUACACCAAGCCGACGAAGGGGGCCGACGAUGGACGCCGGCGCUCGGCCAGUGGCAUGUCCGGCGCCAGCGGUGGUUACGGGAGCUCUGCCGGUGCCGCCGCUCCCGCGGCCGUCGGUGGUGAUGGUGGCGGAGAGCCGCCGCUGCCGGACGAGUGGACCGCCGAAAAGACGGCGGACGGAAAGGUGUUCUACAUCAACCACAAGCACAAAACCACCAGCUGGGAACGGCCGGAGCCAGACCCGGCUCCCGCUGCUGCUGCUCCUGCUGCCUUCUCGUCCUCAAACGGACGACGUCAACCAGCAGGACCCCAGCACGGGUCGGUGAACAGCGCGCGCUCGACGGGUAGCAACGAUGCCAAGCGGGCACCGUUCGGCUCCAACAAUCGAGGGUCCUUCGGCUCCAACAGGAGCGCCGGCUCUGCUGGUUCGAGCGGCGAGACACCGCUACCGCCCGGGUGGAGCGAGAGCAAGACCGCGGGCGGCGAGAUCUUCUACGUCAACCACAAGGAGAAGAAGACGACCUGGGUCAGACCCAAAGGCAUCCCCCAGAUCUCUGUCGCUGAGGAACACCCGCCGCAGCCGCGGUGGGGCGAAGAAGAGACGACGUCGUUUGCCCCGGCGUACAGCUCCAGCGGGAGCGCUGCUAGCGGCGGUCUGGGGGGGGUGCAGCCUCUGCCGGUCGGGUGGACCUCCAAGGUCAUGGCUACGGGAGAGGUCUACUACGUCAACCACGUCGACAAGACCACCAGCUGGGAGAGGCCUACGGUCCCGGCUGCCGCCGCCGCCGCAGCCUCUAACACCCACGGGGUGCCGUUGGUGACCGCACGGUGGAGCGCUAAGAUAACGGCUACCGGUGCCGUCUACUACGAAAAUCAUGUGACCAAGACAACGUCGUGGGAGAGACCGGCUGCCCCCGCCCCCGCCCCCGCCCCCCAACGAGAGGCGCCGCUGCCUUCAGGGUGGACCGCUAAGACAACGUCUUCCGGUGCAGUCUACUUCGAGAAUCAUGUGACCAAGACAACGUCCUGGGAGAGGCCGGCUGCCGCCGCCGCCCCCGCCCCCCGGCCCGCCCCCGCUCCCCCGCAAGGGCAGGAGCCGCUGCCGCCGGGGUGGACCGCUAAGACGACGUCUACCGGAUGCGUCUACUACGAGAAUCAUGCCACCAAAACGACGACGUGGGAUCGGCCGAAAGCCCCCGCCGUGCCUGCGCUUUCGCACGGCGGGGCCCCCGUUGGCGGCGGGGGUUCCGCGGGGCCUUAUUCUUCUUCUGGUGGGGGUGUCGGCGGAGUAGAGGAGCCUCUUCCCCCGGGGUGGAGCGAGAAGACCACCUCCUCCGGCGCAACGUACUAUGAGAACCACGCCACCAAGACCACCACGUGGAAGAGGCCUGCCCCCGCCCCCGCCCCCGCCCCCGCCCCCGCCCCCGCCCCCGCCCCCGCCCCUGCCCCUGCCUCGGUGCCCCCCCCUCAACCCGCGCCGUCGCCCCUGCCGCAGUACCAACAAAGGGUGGACAGCUACGGAUGGUGGAGCCAGAGGAUGACCAACGCAGGAGAGGUGUUUUACGUCAACCACAACACGAAGGUCACUCAGUGGGAUAGGCCCUCCUCGCCCCCGCAAGCUGCGCCGCGAGAACCCCCCCGAGAUCUUCCUAGCUACGCAGAGCCGGCUCCCCGCUACCAGCCUGCUGGCGCGGGCGGCGUUGCCGUGGCUGCUCCAAAGAAGACGAAAGGGGCCAUCGGCUCUCUUUUCAAGGGCGUUCAGGGGGGCGUGGAAAAGCUCAAAGAAAUGUGUGGAGAUGAGGACGACGAUGAUGAUGAUGAUGAUGACGGGGAGGAGGAGGAGCUGGAGGGGGAUGAGGUGGAAGGAGUGGAGGAGGAGGAGGUGGAGAAAGAGGCGGAGGAGGAGGAGGAGAACGAGGGGGGUGAGGGUGAGGUGGAGGGAGAGGAGGAGGGGGAGGAGGGGGAGGAGGAAGAGGAAGAGGAGGAAGAGGAAGAGGAGGAGGAGGAGGAGGAGGAGGAGGAGGAGGAAGAGGAAGAGGAAGAGGAAGAGGAAGAGGAAGAGGAAGAGGAAGAGGAAGAGGAGGAGGAGGAGGAGGAGGAAGAGGAAGAGGAGGAGGAAGAUGAUGACGAAUGAGUAAGAACAUGAUUCAAGGAUUUUUUUUGUUUGUUUUUUCGUGGAGGACGCUUGCCCUCUGCGUACAUUCGUUCGUUCAUGUUUAUUUCAUCGUCCAUGUAGUGGAAAGGAAGCUCGCAGUGGCUGGGAGAAAGAGAGAAAACACCAACCGGCGAAGAGCUUGUGCCGCGUGAGGAGAGUAUCGCCGUCCCUUGGCGUGGGCGACCGCCGCAACGGCUUCUGCACGCUAGCUUCCCUGUAAAUGAGGUACCGAGAGGUCUUUUGUGUUGCAGUUGUUGUUGUCUUGACAUUUGAGAACCGUUCGGAUCUCUCUGCCCGGUACGGUACCUUCACCCGUCACCCGUCACCCGUCCGUACUGGGUUAGGUACGGGUCGUUUGUGUAGCUGUAUUUUUAUGUACGCUGGUAUCUGUUGGUGUUCCACGAGCUACUAUACUGCUGUACAUGCCGAACCAUGGCCCGUGGUUUCGUACGCAUGUUUGGUUGGUGUGCUGGACAUCUACAGCAGCGCUUUGUUUUUUUUGUCGUUGAUUGUUUCCCGUGGCUUUGGCCGGUCGUGAUCAGUCGUUGCCUCAAGUUUUUUCAGUCACUACUGCUUGUUGUUUGGUGUCGUGUAGUUUAAACCAUCUUGCAGUGGACGUCGGGAAAUUACUCAAAAGCGUUCUGAUCCCUUCCAGAGGCAUGCGUGCGUGUCCCCGACUUUGCUAUUUUCCAUUAGGUUCUUCCUUCCUGGAGCUAUUUCCAACCGGGUACAAAAGUUCUCACAAAAUUGCGGUAAUGUAGUCAUGGAGAGCGGCAUGCACUGCUAUCGGUAGGGCGGGGUUAUAGUGGAAUGCGAUUAUCUUUGCCGUUGCCGCCAGAUUUCGAUCCGUCCCAGAUCGUAGGUCCGGUUAGUCACGUGGUGUGUCUUGUUCUCUCUAGAGGCAUGUUUUUUUUUUU